CAAUGCCAAAUAUAAAUUGUAGUUGUUUUUUCCUCAAAUUGUAAUUGUCUUGCUGUCAAAAUUGCCAAAUUCUUUAUUUCAAAGAAUAAUUUCUCUUCCCUCGCAAAAUUAUGGUAAACUUAGUCUUUCAUUUUUAUACGCUGAGUAAUUAGUUAAACAUAAGCGACAACAACAAGAACAUUGAAUACAAGCACAGUGAAGCGAACCCAAAAGGCGAUAGAGAGAGAGGGAGAGAGGACAUUACUCAUUGCCCAUUGGUCAUUCAUCCUUCUUUCGAUUGUUCGCAGUGUGCGUGUUGCGAGUGCGUGUGUGCGUCUGUUGCUUCAAGCACAAACAUUGUUGUUAUUUCUCCACUGUGAUCUUGCAAAGCAAGCGUUCUCUCUCUAUCCGUCGCCCCCCUCCCAGCCACCACAGCAUGUCUAGGCGCGGUGCCGUAAUACUGAGCACAGUGAGUCUGCUCCUGCGUCGCGCACCCGCGAGUCGCUUCAGGCAUGGAGGACUGCGACUAACGCCGCCGGUCACGACAUCUUUUGCACUGAUGCACAGAAAUUUCUCAUCGUCAUCGCAGUCGGAUGAUGAGGGGAAAAAGCAGGAGAAGCACAAAAAGGGAACGUCGCCGUCAUCGCUGAGUGGCGACGAUGAGGAUUUGAAGCGCCUCAAUCUCAGCGAUUUGAGGGCGCGUCUGCGUGCCCGCGGACUUAGCGCAACGGGCAGAAAGCAAACUCUAAUUGAACGCUUAGAGACAACAACAACAGCAACAACGACGACGGCAGCAACACCAGUUACAACAACAAGCACAACAACAAGCUCCAAUUUGUCGCCGACUUGCCCCGGGGAGGAAACAACGCAACAGCAGCAGCUCGUAAAUUGUGUUGCCAGUGAUGCGGAGGCAGCAACUGACACUGGCAACGAGUCGACAAAUGAUGAUGUUUUACUGGAGUAUGUGAAUGGCAUGCCCCAAUUGACAAUUCGCCUGCCCAGUCGAAAUGAGCUAUGCCAGUUUGCCCUCAAGCCCAUCUCCCACACCGUGGGCCAUCUUUUGGCCAUGCUAAGAGAGGAGGAUCGCGGUAUCGAUCGGGCUGCCAUCAUCAACAAACAUGGCGUGCGUAUUGCCUCCUCCUGCACCAUUGAGAGACUGCUGGAUGAUGAGUUUAGCAUACAAAUCAACAAUCGGACACUUGACGUACAGCCACCGCAACGUGAGAAGAUCACCAUGGAGACGGUUGAUAAAAUGAGCGAUGUGCGCAAGAUCAUAGGACAACUCUACGAGGCUUUCAAUGUGGGUGAAUAUCAGCUGGAAAAGAGCAAUCAAUUGGCCAAGGAACUGGAGAGUCUACGCUAUGAACUAGAGCCACUUGAGGAGAAAAAAAUGGAGCUUGCCAAGCGGGCUGAGCGUCGCACAAACAUGAUGACUUGGAUGGGUCUGGGUCUGAUGUCUGUCCAAUUUGGCAUUUUGGCGCGUCUGACUUGGUGGGAAUACUCUUGGGAUAUUAUGGAACCUGUGACCUAUUUCGUCACCUAUGGCACCACAAUGGCCAUGUAUGCCUACUAUUGUGUAACCAAGCGCGAAUACAUCAUGGAGAAUGUGUAUAAUCGUGAGUACACUCUGAGCAUUUAUCGGAAUGCCAAAAAGCAGCAGUUCGAUGUGGAGAACUAUAAUCGUCUGAAGCGCCGAACUGCAGAAUUGGAGUACAAUCUGAGACGCCUCAAUGAUCCUAUCAACAUGGAACUGCCGGCCCAUUUGGUGCGCACCCAAUUGGACACACCACCCACCGAUGAGAGCAACUCGUCGUCGGUGAAGAGCCAAGUGAAAAGUACUUAAGAUCCCCUUUCUUCUAGACCGCGCGUAGCAGACAGUUAUGCGACUACACGUAAAGGGUAGAACAAGAGAAAUGAUGUAAGCAUAUAGCCGCCUAUUAUAUGGAAAAUGAAACUCAAAUCUACAUUUAAACACUCGCGCUCUCGCUCGCCCUAUCAAUCAACCAAUCAAUCAGUCAGUCAAUCAGUGAAUGCAACCAUUAACUUUUCGCUGAGCCUAUGUUUAUCGCACAAAAAAGUACAGUGAUCAAAAUUGUAGUCAACUUUUUCAUAGUUUGUAUUGAUAGUCAUGUCGAUAAAUGAAUCUAAAUAUGUUUUGCCAAUAACUGUGUGUGCGUUUACUUUAUGGUACUGCAAUCCUUUUUUGUUUAACCGAAUGUUUAGUUAUAUACUAUUUUAUGUUUAAUAUGUAUUCCUAAUCGGCACAAUCAACAAUUGACGACGCACUUGGAUUGCCGACACGGGUAUUUGCUUAAUUAUUAUUUUAUUAUUAUCAUUAUUAUUUAGUUAUUUAUUUAGUCAAAAAUAUUUGUUUGUAAAAGCUCAAAAACUCAUUUUGUGUGUUACGUGCAAAGUUCUAGUGAAAUAUAUGAAUUAUUUAUUGAUGA